GUAAAAAUAGAAUCAUACGAGGGCAGUGCCCUCAUUCGCCAUGACUGAGAAGAAACAAAUAUUAUUUAGUCUCAAGACGGAGUUCAUGGUUUUUUUCAAGCACAGCAUGCCAUGCUUUCCUUUUUUUUUCGUCUCCUGGUUAUUUCGGUCUCUUUUUGCUGGGAUCAUCGCUGUUGGCACCAAAACAUUUAGGUUGAACAGUUUCCAUAUAUCAAUAAAAAACAGGGCAAAAAAAAACCCCAGAAGAAAUAACCUAGGAUGACAAAUUUCACAAGCUCAUCCCAUCGUUCAUCCGAGCGUUUUUUCCCAUGACAAUAAGUAUGAGAUGGCUUCAGUCGGACUUGAUAGAUGCUUGAUGUACUUUUUAUAGGAUUUUUAAUUUUUUGAUGCGAGUAUUUCAAAGAGUCUCCUCUGCAAAUAAGGAUGAACCUUGUUUACUAUUGGUUUUUCAUAAAUUUCUCGGGGAUAGCGGGCAUUUUGCGCGCAUUGAAUCCUGAAAAAAAAAUCUCAUCAGAUGUCAGCUUCUAAAACUUUCUGAUUUCUCAAUCUAAAGCGAAGCACACCGAUUUGAUCAGUCGAUAAAAAUGCCACGAUAAGUUUCUUAAAGCAAUUCUUGAUUUCUGAUUUUACCAUCGCCUUUUUUUUUUUUGGCAUGGUUACCUAGAAUUUUAAACGAAUGCUGUACAAGGUACGCAC